AUGAUGCCACCCACAACCCAACAGGUCCGUCCUGGCGCAGGAGUACAUAUCGUCCUAAAAAAAGACCAACCAACUGGCCGCACAGUCAGCGGUACUGUCGGUGAGGUAUUGACGCGGGGUAAUCAUCCGAGGGGGAUCAAAGUCCGCUUAACGGAUGGGAGAGUGGGGAGGGUGCAGGCUAUGAAUACUAAUCCUAGCUCUAACUCUAACCUUGGUGGUACGGAAGGUAUGGGUGUUGAGCAAGGGGACCUGGAGCAGGGAAGUUCCUGGGGAGGAGGUAGAGGUGGGCGGAGAGGUGGUAGGAGGGGCGGAGGGAGAGGUUAUCUGGGUGGUGGCGGGGAUGAAGGAGAGGUGCCAGCGGAGAGUGUGGGGUUGGAUGCGUAUGUUACUCCUGGGUAUGGGGGGAGGCAGAGGGGGAAGAAGGGUAGGGGCAAGGGUGCUGAUGGGGCUGUGGAUGGUGUUGCUGAUGUAGUGGCUUCUGGGGUGGAAGGGGUAGGUAGUAUGGAUGCAGGGGUUAUUCGGUGUCCGGUCUGUGACGUGUUUGAGGGCGAUGAAGCUGCUGUUGCGCAUCAUGUUGCGCAGCAUUUUGAUUGA